UAUCUUCUGGACGCUUAGAACACGAAACGCGCACUGUUCUCACCUAAGCUCCACAAACAUGCUGUGGGAAUUCCUGGCUCUCUUCGCGAUCGCCUUUGCGUUGUUCUAUCGCUGGGCGACCGCCAACAAUGAUUUCUUCAAGGAUCGAGGACUACCCUUUGAGAAGCCUUUGCUGUAUUUCGGUAACAUGGCCAGCAUGUUCUUCCGGAAGAAGGCCAUGUUCGACAUUGUCUGCGAUCUGUACAACAAGGGUGGCAGUGCCAAAUUUUUCGGUAUCUUUGAGCAGCGACAACCGCUAAUUAUGGUACGCGAUCCAGAUCUUAUCAAGCAGAUUACCAUCAAGGACUUUGACCAUUUUAUAAAUCACCGCAACGCAUUCGCCACCAGCAGCGACGAUGAUCCACAUGACAUGAGUAACCUCUUCGGGAGCUCACUGUUCUCCAUGCGUGAUGCCCGCUGGAAGGACAUGCGGAGCACUCUGAGUCCAGCUUUCACCGGCAGCAAGAUGCGUCAGAUGUUCCAGCUGAUGAAUCAGGUGGCCAAGGAGGCCGUCGACUGUCUGAAGAAUGACCAGCCAUCUAUUCAGGAGAUAGAUCUGGACAUGAAGGACUAUUGCACACGGUUCACGAACGAUGUGAUCGCUUCAACGGCCUUCGGCCUGCAGGUUAAUUCGUUCAAGGAGCGAGAGAACACCUUCUACAUGAUGGGCAAGAAGUUGACCACAUUUACUUUUCUGCAGAAUGUAAAGUUCUUACUCUUCUUUAGCCUAAAGAAGCUAAAUAAGAUCCUUAAAAUUGAGCUUUUCGAUAAAAAGAGUACACAGUACUUUGUGCGCCUAGUGCUCGAUGCCAUGAAGUACCGGCAGGAACACAAUAUCAUCCGUCCCGACAUGAUCAACAUGCUGCUGGAGGCGCGGGGUCUGCUCCAGUCGGACAAGACCAAGACGGCACCAACCCGGGAGUGGAGUGAUCGUGACAUUGUGGCCCAGUGCUUUGUAUUCUUCUUUGCCGGCUUUGAGACCUCGGCGGUGCUAAUGUGCUUCACCGCUCACGAGUUGAUGGAGAAUGAGGAUGUGCAGCAGAAGCUGUACGAGGAGGUGCAGGAGGUAGACCAGGAGCUGGGUGGUAAGGAACUAACCUAUGAGGCCAUCAUGGGCAUGAAAUACUUGGAUCAGGUGGUUUCGGAGGUUCUACGCAAGUGGCCGGCAGCAAUUGCCGUUGACCGGGAAUGUAACAAGGACAUCACCUAUGAAGUAGAUGGCCAGAGUGUGGAAAUUAAAAAGGGAGAUGUCAUUUGGCUGCCUACCUGUGGCUUCCAUCGUGACCCCAAAUACUUUGAGAAUCCCUCAAAGUUCGAUCCGGAACGUUUUAGCGAUGAGAACAAAGGUGAUAUACAGCCAUUUACAUAUUAUCCCUUUGGGUUGGGUCAAAGGAACUGCAUUGGUUCUCGAUUCGCUCUUCUCGAGGCAAAGGCCGUCAUCUACUAUCUCCUAAAGGAGUAUCGCUUUGUCCCCUCCAAAAAAUCCUGCAUACCUCUAGAACUGGCUAGCAACGGUUUUCAAUUGGCACCCAAAACAGGAUUUUGGAUCAAACUCGUCCAACGCAAUUAAUCUUAUUAAGAUGUAUGAAUGUUAUUAAAUGUUUUGUUAACUGAUGUUUAUUAAAGAUUGCAAGAUUUUUGUUUAAAGAAUUCAACUAUAA